AGUUUCAGCACCACUCACAAGGACAGCUCAUGCUAUCUGUAUCUCCAUCCUCUCCCAAUACCCAUCCAGCUCUUCUCCUAUUUAACAUCAUCUUCCUCAUAUUCACUGUCUGUCCUCUACCCAUCCCUCUACCUCUUCUCUCUAUAACAACAACCCUCCUACUCCCUCCUCACCCUCCCCACCUAUGUGCUCCCAUCCUCCCUCCCCCAGUCUGUGCAUUGGUUGCUGGCUUGUGCAGUCUCUCCUGGAUGUGACUGCAUCAAACCGCAGGUACCCAUCGCUAUCUGGAGGUAAAGAGAGAGCCAAGACCUGACAUAGACUGCCGAGAGACUGCACCUGAAGGACAGGAUUAGAGAGAGGGCUGGAAGGAGGGGAGGGAUGCCCAUGUCUGAGUGACUGUGUCUGCAGAGUUGAGGGCUGGGCGCUGUCCCCAGCACCCACCACCUAAAUCCUGAGGACCUCUGCUGCAUCUUCCUCAGCAACCGGAGACUGUCCAGCGCUGAUCCCUGGAGCUACCCCUGGACCGCUCUCCCCUCCCUGUCCCCAGGGUGUGUCUGUGUAUGAUCCGCUCCCUGGCCAGCUCAUCUCUGCUUGAAGAUGGCGGAUCGAGCUGAGAUGUUUUCUCUCUCAACCUUCCACUCCCUCUCCCCCCCCGGCUGCAGGUGAGAACCCGGUACAGAGAUACAAUGUAGCAAUGUUAUCCAGGAUUCCAAAAGAUGGGGCUGCAUGGCGUGUGUCACAGGGCUCUGGAUGGGGUUGGGGGGAGGGGAUAUAUGUGUCUAGAGCUGGUAUACUGGGCAGUGCUGGUGGUCUGAUCAUGGUCAUACAACACGUGCUAUCACCAUGACAUACUCUGUAUUGUUUUGGGGGUGCUUUGUAUGACAUCACUGGCAGAGAGUCUAUAUUACAGUCCCGUGUCACAGCUCAUUACAUCAUGAGGCACACACAGUCAUUGGCAUUAAAGCAAUAUUGUAUUGUAGUCAUAUGAUGCAACCCAUUAUAGAUGUAUAUGAUGUGUUUAGAAUGGCUAGUGUACAGUAUGCACCAGACCCCAAAAAGAACAGUAAUCCGACUGUAAACAACAUUAACCCUUAUUAACACAGCAAAAGUUAUAAUCAAAUAAUAGUAUAAUUACUAUAAUAAUUAUAGUGUUAAUAAAUUGUGCCAGGAAUAUAAAUGUAUGUUACCAGCAGCCUACUGAUCUCUUGGUCCUGUUUGUGUGAAGUCUAAGGUAUAUCUGCAGUGAUAUAGCUGUGAAUAUUUUUCCCAGAUUGAGCAAUUUCCUUACAUUAUAUAUAUAUAUAUAUAUAUAUAUAUAUAGUGUGAGUCACUGGGCUCUGUGAGUGACAAUUUGCCUAAACAAUCGUCAUCGUAGAAGACAAACAUCAUUAAAAGAGUCAUGCACAAUAUAUAUAAAGGGGACACUGCAUCAUUUCUCUUAAUGCAGUGAUACAGUUCUUUACAUUUUUCUGUCUAUGUUGUGUAAGGUGCAUGCAUGCAUGUCAGUAAUAUGCAUAACAAAAUCUUUUAUGCUUUUAUAGUCCUUUAUUUUUAAGAUAAAUGCAGUCAUAGCUGUCGGUUUAGAUACAUGAAGUGGUGACACUUCUAUUGAUGCUGCAGGGAGAUUGCACCAGGCCAAAUGACCUUAUGAGGCCUGCUUCUUCCUUCAAAAGAUAAAAAUUGCAGCAUAUUUAAAUUCUGACUACCUUUGGAUCUGAGUUCCCUUUUAUCCCAUCCAUCUUUGGUUUACAUGGAAUCAGAUCACUAAAUGAUGUUAUUUAUGCAUGUAAUAAUGAAUCUGUGCCUCUCAGUCCAGUCUAUAGAUACAAUUUAGGGACUAACCAAUGCAGAUAAAAUGCACCCCAUUGGAUUUCCCAGAUGACUGGCUUGAAGAGCACUAAUAUACAAUGUAUUCUCUUAUUUUUCCAUUAGUAGCAUCAAAUAUUUAUAUAUAGCUAUGACAUGUAGUAUAUUAGGUAUCUUGAUCUGUUUAUUGCAUAUUAAAUGGUAGAAUCCUAUUUAUAUACAGUAUUAAAAUAUAAUCUAGAAUUGUACCUGCACUAUUCUCCUUUAUGGAGCUACACUGACUGACUCACCUGUGUCGUUUUGACCUGUGUCUGGUCCACAUCCCAAUCCAUGUAUUAUAUAACCAAUCAUAUGCAUCAUUAUACCCAUAGUCUUUGUCCUUCAUCUGGAGAGGGUGAUUAACUGAUCUAGCAAGGGUUUCCUCUGAUGUGUUCCCUACUCCACACAAGUCGUGCCCGGUGUGCACCUUGAUAACAUUAUAAUUAUACAUUAUAGAGGUUUUCUGUGAUUUUAUUAAUUCCUUGGUGUCAGUUCACUUCUAAUGUCACUCACUGCCCUAAAUAAAUACAGAAAAUGUGUGUAGAGUGUUACUAACUUGUUGCUUCAUUUAGUCUCUAUAUUAAUCUCUAGACAACCAGUGCCAACAAAUCAGUGACCGUUUAAGUCAGUCCCUCCCUGAUCCAGCCCAGUCCCUGGUAAGAUCUGGGGUGCAGCCUGCCUUGUGGCCAGAUUGAAUGCCAUGCUCCAUGUUCCUUUGUCCAGUGUUGCCAAGUCUAGCUGUAUUCACUGGUCCCUUGCUUUCAAGUCUUGUCCACCAUGUACAGUGCUGGUGUGUCCAUUGUUUAGAAUUAUGUUCCUGUCAAUUCAUAAUCUAUACAUUUCUGUUAUGCUGUCUCAAUGAGUCAUGUCACUGACUGUUUUACUACAUUUUGCCUCAUUCUUGUCUGUCCCUGAUGUCCUAUCUACACCCUACAUCCCGUCCUUCUCCUUCUUUUCCAGUUUUGCUAAGUAUUGUUCCAGUUUCCAAAUCUUGUCUUGAUUUCUUAUUCUAAAAAUCCAAAUAUAAUUCUAGAUCUGCUGUUUUGGCUUUAUAGUCACAUGUGCCUUUUCAGUACUUCACAAUUUCUGGCACAUUGAAUGAACAUUUGUAUGAUUCACUGCUUCCACUUAGGCAAUGCCCUUCCUUUAUAUUGAGGGAUAUCCAAUUGCAUUUUGUGCUAGAAUAGGCCAUGUAGUGUAUUGUACUGUAUUUUCAGUAACAUUGUCUGUUUCUAUGAAUAGAUGAAUCUCACCAUACAACUUUUAUGCAUUUUGUACUUUAAAAUACAUAUUAAAAUACGUGUUCAUUCCAAAUAUUAAACCAUGUUUAGAAAGAUACGUAUACAGUUACUUUAAAAGAACACUCGAUGCACCAUAACCACUACAGCUUGCUGUCUUGGCAACCCCCUUUUCACCAUCCACUACUAACACUCAAGGUCUAUUUAGCCCUACUGAUGUUAUUGGCUGAAAGUCAGACUGUUUAGAAAUUAUUGGAAUUCUUACAGUGGGGGGCACUAGGGCACUCCUGGCACCAUAACCACUACUGUAAGCUGUAGUGGUUACAGUAUUAAUUCUUGCAGGUUUUCCCAGGGAUCUGCAUUGUUUUGCUGGGUAUUAUACAUGAAAUAGCCAGGGUUAUGCCAGCUAAUCCCUGACUUCCCUUUAGCCUCCAUUUUACUUCCGUUUUUCUGUUUGUGAAAAUGUCAUACAGCAGGCCAGUAUACACGCUAUCAUAUUGAUACAUAUUUAUUUAUAUCUACUGGAGAACAUUGCUUGUGUAUAUUAGAAAUAACAAAUGAUUCACCACUAUUUCAUGUAAAUGGAAAAUACACUGAAGAAGCAGCAUCAGCUCUGCUGUGUUGCAAUAUUCCAUAGAAUUUCAUUUUGCAGGUCUUUCUGCAAAACAGUUCACUACUUGUGAUCAGUAGUGUAUUUUCAAAUGGUGCUGCCCUAGGCAUGACAGAUCUCGGGCACCCCCUAAAUUAAAUUUACCCGCCCCUUCCUGCCAAGGCCACACCUCUUCAUGUUAACUAACACACAUUUUGACUGACAGACACACACUCACGGACCAGCACACACUCUCAGAUACACUGACAUACACACACAAAACUGAUUUGACACAAUCUGAUAGACACAUACAAUCAUUCAGACACACACUGACAGAUGCAUACACUCACUGACAGACGUGCCCACUUACUGAUAGACAUGAACAAUCACUCAGACGCACACACUCACAGACACUCAAUGACAGACAAACACACACAUCCACUGAUAGACACUCACACAAUGACACACACACACAUUCACUGACACACACACUCACUGACUGACACACACGCUCACCUACACACACACAUUCACUGACACACACUCACUCACAUUCAUUGACAAACACACACACAUCCACAUUUUUCCCCAACACUCACAAUUAUUAUUUAAAAAAAAAAUUGAAUCCACCCAGCCUCCCUACUUUUGGGAGAGCUGGGUGGACUUUUCACCUGGGGUACAGUGGGCCUGCUGCGCAGGAAGGUGGGCAGCCGCGCUUAGCUGUCAGUGAGGGAGCUGUAAUCUUCCUGUUUAGCUCCCUCGCACUCUGCGCUUUACUGCGGGUCGUGCGAGGGAGCUGAGCAGGAGAGCUCAGGGGAAAGUGCUUCCUUGCUGCCCGCCCAGCGCCCAAAGGUGGCCAGCUGGCCAGCUCUUGGGCCCCCAUAAAAUGAGGCAAACAAGACAUUAGCCUGGGCAUUUGGGGGCGGUGUUUUUUUGCCGCCCCCUAGAGAGUGCCGCCCAAGGCAAAUGCCUUGUUUGCCUCGCAGUAGAUACAGCACCUGCUUAUGAUCAUGUAGGUAAUUUUUGCAAAAAUUCAUGAGGGCCAUUCAUUAGGGUUGAUUUUUUUUUUUUUGUAUGAUGCCACGCCACAUCAAAUGCAUUCUGCACAUUAUAUGUCAGGAGUGUCCCUUAUAUACAUCAAAACAUUACACACAUAGAUGUCUGUCCACAAAACAAUAGGUUAUGGUCUGUUUACAAAUAAUAUGAAUAAUACAAAGUAGCUGAUUUUAACCCCUUAAGGACCAGAUUGUUUUUGCGUUGUUGUACAUUUACGACCAGUCCUCUUUUUACACUUUUGUGGUGUUUGUGUUUAGCUGUAAUUUUCCGCUCUCUCAUUUACUGUUCCCAUACAAAUCAUAUAUUGUUUUAUUCAGGACAAAAGGGGCUUUCUUUACAUACCAUUAUUUAUAUAAUCUCAUGUAAUUUAAUUUGAAAAAAUAAAAAAAUAUGAUGAAAAAUUGAAAAAAAACAUGUUUUUUUACUUUUACUUGAUAAAUCUUUUACUAAUCUACAAAAGCUAAUGAAAAAAACUGCUAAAUAGAUUCAAAAUUUUGUCCUGAGUUUAAAAAUAUCCAGUGUUUACAUGCUUUUUUGCUUUUUUUGCAAGUUAUAGGGCUAUAAGUACAAGUUUCAAAACAUACAUUUUUUAAAUUUAUCAAUAGUGACAUUGUAACACUAUUAUCUGUCAUAAAUCUCUGAAUAACACCCCACAUGUACAUAUUUUUUUUAAAGUAGACAACCCAGGGUAUUCAAUAUGGGGUAUGUCCAGUCUUUUUUAGUAGCCACUUAGUCGCAAACACUGGCCAAAGUUAGCAUUCAUAUUUGUUUGUGUGUGAAAAAAGUAAAAAACUAAAUUGAACGCUAAUUUUGGCCAGUGUUUGUGACUAAGUGGCUACUAAAAAAGACUGGACAUACCCCAUUUGCAAUACCUUGGGUUGUCUUCUUUUGCAAAUGGUAUGCCAUCAUGGGGGUAAUUCUCAUUCCUGGGCUACCAUACACUCUCAAAGGCAACGUAACCAACCUGGCCAUUUUCAAUGUAAAAAUAUUUGACCCUUUAACUUUCAAAAAUACUGUUAUACUCGGAAGACUUUGCUGAACACAAAUAUUAGUGUUUCAAAACAGGAAAACGUAUCACAACAAUUAUAUCAUCAGUAAAAGUGCUGUUUGUGUAUGAAAAAUGCAAAAAAAGGCACUUUCACUGACAAUAUCACCGCUGUGAUGUGUUUUACUGUUUUGCAUCACUAAUAUUUGUGUUCAGUGAAGUCUCCCGAGUAAAACAGUACCCCCCAUGUACAGGUUUUAGGGUAUCAUAGAAAGUUUCAGGGUAAAAUACAGUGCUAGCAAAUUAAAUUCUCUGGACUUUCGGUCGGGAUUGGCAGGCAGGUCCCUCAAAUUGCAAUCAAUAAAAUUACUUAAUUAUGUAAAAAUAUUACAUAAAUAUGCACGUAGCAUUUUAAAUAUAUAUGCAUAUUUAUAUAUUUGAAGUCUACGUGUAUAUUUAUAUAAUUAUUUGUGUAAUUUUGUAUCUGGACAUAUGUAUAUUUCGUAUUAUUUUUAUUUAUUUAUUUAUAUAUAUAUAUAUAUACACAAUUUCGUUCUAAGCGUAUUUUGAUAUAACUAUAUAUAUAUUAAUAUCAAAAUAUAGUUAGAAUAAAAUUUCAUAUAGAUAUAUAAUUUUUUUUUAAUUUUAUUAUUUUUACAGUUUUUAAUUUAAAUUACUUAUUAUUUGUAUUUUAUUAUAUAUAUAUACAAUAUAUAUAGUUAUAUAUAUUAUAUCUAUAUACGUGUGUAAUUUAAUUAUAAGUGUAUUUUUAUAUUAAUAUUUGUACAUAUUAAUAUAAAAAUACACUUAGUAUGACAUUAUAUAUGAUAUAUAGACAUAUAUUGUAUAGAUAUGUCUAUAUAUUAUAUAUAUAUACAUAUAUACACAUAUAUAUACACAUAUAUAAUUUUUUUUAUUUUUUAUUAACAUGCACCUUUAAUUUUUUUAUGAUUUUACACUAGCAGGGAGACUUCUAGUAUACAUGGACACCUACUGUGACCAUGUGAUCGCUCUGUUGAGCGAUCACAUGGCCCCAGGGGUCCUAAUCCACCAUGGGGAGACUGUCUGGGCUACAGGCAGUCUCCCCACACCGGGAGCACCGCUGAUCGCCGCCGGGGGAACGACGGUGAUCGGGUAAGUAUAAGACCGUUGUGACGGUUCAGGACCGUCAGUGGUCGGCAACGCUAAAAUGCCGAUGACGGUCCUGAACGGUCACUGAUCCUUAUGGGGUUAAUGAAAUAGAUUUUUUUUUUUAAAGACCAGCUAGUUUAGAUUUAAUUUUUCAAUUGUUUUCUCAACUUACCACAGCUCACUAUUUAAAAAAAAAAAAUGAUCUAAAUAAAAGAUGUAUGUAUGGGUUCCUGCCUGUGUACUAUUAUUCAUAUCAAUAGCACAAUAUAACAAUAGCACUGUAUUGUUAGUGAUCCAUAAUUUACUAAGUUAAUAUCGACCACUUACAAGCUCUUUGCAAGUCAAUUUGUUUCCAAUUAUACACGCCUACAUCGGUCAUCUACACCUGGUGUUUUGACUUAUACUAUAUAAAACAAUGAUUUCUGCGUUAUCUUAAUGUGCAUGUACACAAAUAAACAAUUAAUGUUUUGCUUUUUUUUAUAUUGACAAAAAAAAGCUGUCUGCUUGUCAAUGUAUAUUAACUAAGACAUAUGUUAGGCGGUAACCUGGAGUUGUUAAAGGAGUUAUCCUGCUAUUUGACCACAGGCUGCCUCCACCUCUGGUCCAUUGCCACUCGAUUCAUCAAACCCACCACUUGCUUUCUUAAUCACUACCUCUGCGGACCCUCUUUAUUUACAGGAGUACACAAACUUCGGUUUCCGCACACCACAACGGACUUUGCACUAUUUAUCUGCCUUUGUCCCCAACCACAAAUAUAUUUUAACACGUUAAAUAGAGCAAUAACAACACAAUGUUACUAUAUGCCAGGCUUUAACCCCUUAAGGACACAUGACAUGUGUGACAUGUCAUGAUUCCCUUUUAUUCCAGAAGUUUGGUCCUUAAGGGGUUAAAAGUGACUAGCCACGGUAACCUUUGUACUUACCAGUGGCUAUUGGUGAGUGGAACUUUUGAUCCCACCAGUUAUAUUGUAUCUUAGACUGUUUCUAAUAUAUCUUUAACUUAUAUAUAAUACAAAUAACUGUGUUAUAUUUUAGCAGUCACAGUCAUAUAGCAGCAAAUCACACAUAGUAUAUAACAAUUAGUAAUACUAUUCAUUGCAGAUAAUCCAAGAUAAUAAUACGACAACAAUUAAUAUAUGAUGUAUACCACAGAUCUAUAGUACAAGGUUUUGCAAUUGGUAUUUUGUAAAACCAGUCUGGCUAAAAUCCCACAAGGUCUCCUGCUUGGAACUGGUGGCUUGAUGGCAACCAAGCUCUUGGUGUAUCCUAAAGAGGAACAGUUGUAUAAUAUUGAUGUAUAAUGUGUAUGUGCUAGUACUGACCAGUUACUAUUAUUAACUGUUGUGCCAAAUUUAAUAUUAUGUAAUAUUUACUUUGUACAUAAUAAAGCAUUAUUUAGAGCGUUGUGCAUCAUUGCACAAACCAUCUCCAUUUAGUCUUUCAGAAGUUGCAAAACCAUCAUUUCUUGACAGAGUAACUUUGUCACUGAGUUUGUGUCAUUUCAUUUAUCUUUGAAGAAAGGCUGCGUUUCUGCUGUUGCAUGAUAAGGGCACUAUUCAAUUAUUCAUUCCCUGUCUCCAAAGCAGUGUAACACAUUUGGGUUGUAGGCUACAUUGUUUGGGUUACUUAUCUUUGUUUCAGAAUAAUUUGAAUCUUUUUUAGUAGCCAUCUUUUUCAACUGUGGGAAAAUCCAUUUUUAUUUCUUUAAAAUAUGUAUAUUCAUGGGUAUCUUUAUGAUAUUAGUUUAUUUUUUGGGGAAGAUUAUUGAAUACGGUUACCCAAGAUUUGUUGCAAGUGGUUGUGUCUGUCACGAAUGCUAGUGUGGUCCAACACGCAGAAACUAUGUAAACAUAUACAUAGGAAAGGAAAAAUAAAAGGACAGAGUGUAAACUGGUCCUUAGAAUGGCCGGACUAAUACGAUAGAGAUAGAGAAUGGUCAAAGGGAAAGCCGAGGUCAGGGAAGCCAGAAAUACUCAAAUACCGUAGAAACAAGCCAAAGUCAGGGGAACCAGAAAUCGGAAUAAACAGGAAAAGCCAAGAUCAGAAUACCAGGAAAUCAGAAUCACAAGGAUAAACGCACUCUCGGGAACCAGGAACAGGAAACCACGACAGGGCAAAGAACUGGAGUGAAUUAGGGAUUUAAAUAUCCCUCUCUGGGCUCUGAUUGGUCAGAGGGUGACCUCUGACCCCAGAACGUGUGCGUGCGUUGACGUCGUGACGUCACGCGUACGUCAGUAUAAUUUUGAGGGGCGGAGCUUGUGAUGCGUGUGACCACGUGGUGAAAGCCAUCUUUGAUUUGGGCGCAGGUAAGCUCACUAUAUCGGCGAGGUCGUGCCGGUCGGGCACGGAUGCACCAUGCGGCGGGCCGGGAACCGCGAUAGUACCCCCCCACUCGAAUACCGCUCACCGGGCGGGAAAGAGCCGGCUUGUGAGGGAAGCGGUUGUGAAACGACCGGACAAGACAGGGCUCAUGAACCUGGCCAGCGGGAACCCAACUACGUUCCUCCGGACCAUAUCCUUUCCAGUCAAUUAAAAAGGAUAUGGUCCGGAGGAAAGAAAAAUACCUCUGGAGACUUUGGUUUCCAAAAUAGAUCGAACUUCGUACUCCUCCUGAUCACCCACUACCAAGGAUGGAGGAGGGGCAGCCACUUUAGUGUAUUGAUUGCAAGUAAGUGGCUUAAGCAAGGACACAUUAAAUGAAUUGGCAAUUUUCAUGUGCGCUGGAAGUGCCAAGGAAUAAGUCACAGAGUUAAUACGACGGAGGACCUGAAAAGGACCUAUGUACCGAGGAGCAAAUUUCAUGGAAGGAACCUUAAGUUUGAUAUGACGUGUGGAUAACCACACCUUGUCUCCUGCUUGAUAGACAGGAUUGGCACCCCGUCUCUUGUCAGCUUGGAUCUUAGCACGUUUUGAUGCCUUCUGUAGUGCCAUAUGAACAGAAUCCCAAGUGUCAUGAAUAGAAUUCAAACGGGCGUUCAAGGCAGGAACAUCAGUGUCUGAAAAUUCAGAAGGUAAAACAGUUAGGUGAUAACCCUGAUUUACAAAAAAUGGGCUAUGAUUAGAGGAUUCAUGAGUCACAUUAUUUCUGGCAAACUCAGCCAUGGGUAAGAGUUCAUACCAGUUAGAUUGAUUGGCAUCCCAUAAAACAACAUAAGUAAGAUUCUAAAGACUGAUUGGCCCCCUCUGCUGCGCCAUAAGUCUGAGGGUGAUACGCUGAGGAAAAUUAAAGUUCUAUACCCAAUUGCUUACAAAAGGCACGCCAGAACCUAGAAAUAAAUUGGGUUCCUCUGUCAGAUACUAUGUUUAUAGGCACUCCAUGUAACCGAAAGAUCUCUUUCAGAAAUAUUUGUACAAGAUCCUGAGCAGAUGGUAAUUUUUUAAGAGGUACAAAAUGUGCCAUUUUUGAGAAUCUAUGACCAUAAGGAUUGUGUUAUAUCCGUUUGAACUGGGUAGAUCCACCAUGAAAUCCAUGGCUAAAUGGGUCCAUGGAGCAUUAGGUAUUGGCAGUGGUUGUAACAACCCAGGAGGAGAUUUGUGGGAUGCUUUAGAAACGGCACGUAUUUGGCAAGCCCCUACAUAAUCUUUGAUGUUGUUCCUAAGUGUAGACCACCAGAACCUCCUGGAAAUAGCAGAGAAAGUUUUAUGGACUCCAGGAUGACCUGCUGUCAAAUUAUCAUGGAAUAAUCCAAGUACCUUUUUCCUUAAUGGUGGUGAAACAUACAGUUUAUUCGGAGGUCUCUCCACGAGUGCCUGAUUUUGAUCUGCUAUUAUGGCACAGAAGAGUGGAGAAGACACUUCGGAAACUGUAGUAGCAAUAAGGCAUUCUGGAGGUAUGAUAGGGAAUACCUCUUGUUCAGGAAUCUCAUCUGUCUCAAACUGCCUAGACAGCGCAUCUGCCUUGAUGUUCUUGGUCCCGGGCCUAUAUGUAAUUACAAAAUUGAAUCGGGAGAAGAACAAUGACUAUCUAGCCCGACGAGAGGACAAUCUCUUAGCGUCCCCAAUAUAAGCCAAAUUCUUAUGAUCGGUAAAAAUCAGAAGUGGCUCUUUGGAACCUUCUAAGAGAUGCCUCCAUUCUUUAAGGGUGAGUACAAUGGCCAAUAAUUCCCUAUUCCCAAUGUCAUAAUUUUACUCUGCAGGGGUUAAUUUUCGAGAGAAAAACCUACAAGGAUGUAAAGGUGCAUCAGGACUUUCUCUUUGAGACAGCAUUGCUCCUACAACUGUUUCUGAUGCAUCUACUUCUAGAAUAAAUGGUUUGGUCGGAUCUGGAUGUGUCAGGCAGGUGCUGAGGCAAAUAAAGAUUUUAAUUGCUCAAAUGCCUCCUUUGCUUCAUUGGGCCAUGAAUUGCAAUUUGCUCCUUUUUUAUUAGGUUGGUAAUAGGAGUGAUAACAGAGGAAAAACCCUUAAUGAACUUGGGGUAAUAAUUUGCAAACCCUAUAAAGCUUUGAGUAGCUUUAAGGCCUUUGGGUAACGGCCAUUGUAAGACUGCUUCCAAUUUGCGUGGAUCCAUUUUGAAACCAGACGGGGAUAUAACAUACCCAAGAAACUGUAUCUCCGUCUGGUUAAACUGGCAUUUCUCCAGCUAACAGUAUAAGCCGUUCUUUAACAGGGUUUUUAGUACUAUUCUCACAGGUUCAUGAUGUGUCUCUAGGUCUGGGGAAUAGAUGAGAAUGUCGUCUAGAUACACUAAAACGAACAUGUGGAGAUAUUCUCUAAGGACAUCGUUAAUGAAAUCCUGAAACACUGCUGGGGCGUUGCAUAGUCCAAACGGCAUAACUAAGUAUUCGUAAUGUCCCAUUCUCGUAUUAAACGCGGCCAUCCAUUCAUGCCCUUCCUUAAUUCUGACUAGGUUGUAAGCACUUCUGAGGUCGAGUUUAGUGAAGACUCGGGCCCCUUUCAACCUGUCGAAUAACUCGGAAAUAAGAGGAAUGGACUCACCACAUAUCCUACAAGCGGGGAUUAUACCGCUGCAAGCUAUCCACACCAGAGCUCUACUAAAUUUAAGUAAGACCUCUUUCUUUAUAUUUGACACCUCUCGGGAACAUCCCGCACCAUCAUCCUUCUCAUCACUCAAUGCCCUCUCCUAUAUAUUUGAAUACUGCGAGGAGCGGAACCACUCCAGAGACCAGCUUAGGACCAAAGUUCCACUUUAUUGGACUCUGUUUCAACUACCACUACCCUAACUAGGACUUUUUAUUUAUUUACUUUGUCUAUUGGCACAGCCCCAUCCUUGUUUGUUUGCUAGAUGACAUUUAAUGUUGAAAAAUUCAAAGUUAUUCACUUCGGCGUAAAGAAUACACAAGCAACGUAUACCCUUAAUGGAAGCGAAUUACGGAUAACCACACACGAAAAGGACUUGGGAAUUGUUAUAGACAACAAACUAUGCAACAACGUGCAAUGUCAAUCAGCAGUGGCCAAGGCCAGUAAGGAAAUUGUGUGGAAAUCUAUUCACAAACCGGACUUUACAUAGGACACGAGGUCAUGCGUUUAGACUGGAAGAAAGAAGAUUUUGUCUAAGGCAAAGGAAAGGUUUUUUUUUUUUACUGUAGGAACAAUAAGGAUGUGGAAUUCUCUGCCUGAAGAAGUGUUUCAUCAGAGUCCAUACAGAUGUUCAAAUGGCUACUAGAUGCAUACUUACAAAAACAGAAUAUUCAAGGAUAUAAUCUUUCAAUGUAGGGUAAUAAAUGCUUGAUCCAAGGAUAAAUCUGACUGACAUUCUGGGGUCAAGAAGGAAUUUUUUUCCUAGCUUGUUGCAAAAUUGGAAGUGCUUCAAACUGUUUUGUUUAUUUUGCCUUCUUUUGGAUCAACAGCAAAAAACAAAUGUGAGGAAGGCUAAACUUGAUGGACGCAAGUCUCUUUUCAGCUAUGUAACAUGUGCAGAGAUUGGGUUGACAUAUGACAUAUGAUGAUGUAAAGAAAACCUGUGAUGACAGAAAUUAUGUAAGUAAAACACGGAAAUCCCACAUCCCACAGAUGAUCAGUCAGAUUUAGAUCUUGGGAAUUUCAAUGCUUCCCCUGUUGAAAUUUAUAAUAAAAUACCGGUAUAUAAUAAAUGCCAAUACUUGUAUUGGCGUCAUCAUGACUAUUUAUGAAACAAGGGAUUACUGCCACAGAAAAAAUGAGGCACAGUUACACAAAUGCAAAAAUAUUUUGGCUUAUGUGUUUACUGCUUGACCUUGUAGGGGCUCGCAAACUUUUAAAUUUUACCAUCCAUUUCAAAAUGUAAUUAACCUGUUCCUGAUUACAAAAUCUAUGGAAAGGGACAUGCUGCUUUUAAAAUAAGAGCCGGAUGAUUAAACAAAUUAUGUGACUAUGGAGCCUAUUACUGCAGUAUCUGCAGUAAUACCAACUGCAUUUUCUUGAUCAGUACAAAGCAGGUUUAUAUUACUAAAGCACAGCUAUAGAGCUCCAUGUGUUAUAGUGGAGGGAGGAGAGGGGGACAAAGAUUACUGAGGGUUUGUCGAGAUCCAUAAAAGCAGGAAAUAGAUUUUUGCAACAGGAGAUGACUAUGAAACAUAAUCGUUUAUGAAUUAUUGAAGUUGACUCUUGUAUGGUUUAGCACACAUAUGACGCCUCUUAUGUUCACUGGUAUAUUAGAACAUUAGCGAUUCAGACUGAUAUGAUAAAGGGUAUAAAUGACCACUCAGUCAAUAAACGUUUUGAAAUGUUUUACUUUUCAAGUGUUUCCAUAUUGAUUUAUUAAACCUAGUGUGAUGUCCAAAGAGAGAUUUAAUUAGUAUUUGAUUCUAAGGUAUCUUUUGAGGGGGCUUUUUCUGAUCUGUUACAUUUCUUUAGUUGAUCAUAUUAAUUUGUAUUUUGCUGUAUUUACAUUUUAGUAAUCUGGGCUUGUCUAUAUGUUUUGUAUGUAUUGUGCAGAAUGUUACACAAUUACACAAUGUCUUACAAGGACAAUUAGAAAACAUAACCAAUCGUCAGUACACACACAUUUAUUUAAAGGAACACUAUGGCACCAUUGACCUCCUGGCACCAUGAAAACUAUUUGCACUAUAUGGUACCAGGAGGUUCCUGGUGCUGGCUUACAUCUAGGGGUUGACUAUUUGUAAGGCCCUCAAUCAGUCUGUGGCUCCCCAUUCAUAAGAAUGGCUUGAGAAAAAUACAUACAUUUCUCAAACCAUUUUGUGAAUAGGGCACUGAAUGGCUGAGAGUGUCAGCUGAUUGCUCUAAGCAAUCAGCGGUGACUGUCCGUGGAAGUACUAGGCUUCCGUUUUCAACCUUUUAAUUAAGCAGAUGUUGGACGUGGCAGAACAAUUCGGUUCUGGAAAAGAGACUUUGUGGUUAAACUGUUCAUGAACGGUUUAGCCCCAGAAGGUAAUCCAUAGCCAGGGAUCUGCUGACACCAUAACCACUUCAUUAUAUGUUGUUAUGGUACUCAGAGUGUUGCUUUAAUUAAACUCUUAUAUUUUCUAUCUCUCUCUCUCUUACACAUACCUAAUUAAACUACAAUUACAAUCAUACCAUAUCAGCCACAAACAUAUUAGAUUAGUUGCAUAGUUACACAUUCACACACAAUGCCCCCAUAACUGACAAACAGAAAUACACACAUAAAAACAUAGAAUGUGACGGCAGACAAGAACCAUUCGGACCAUCUAAUCUGUCCAAUUCUCUAAAUACUUUCAUUAUUCCCUGACCUUAUCUAAGCUAAUGCCUAUCCCACGCAUGCUUCAACUCUAUCACUUUGUUCACUUCAGCUGGACUAUUCCAUGCAUCCACUAAACUCUCAGAAAAGUAAUACUUCCUGAUAUUAUUUUUAAGCCUUUGCCGAUAUGGACAAUAUAGUAAUUGUUAUUGUAAUAUGUGUUAAAUAAACAUCACAUUUUCUUUUAAAACUCUGUUAUAUUGUGCACCCAUACUUCCCAAGUGCCCCUAUUUAGACAGGACAGUCCCUAUUUUGGGUUCAAAUCAUUAUGUACCUCUUUUCUAUCCUAAUGCCCCUCUUUUCCAGGUGCUCCAUAUUGUAGGCCUUUCUGAAUAUCAGCAAUAAUAAAGUAAUGUGUCUUUAAACAGCAUCAGAAAUGUUGAGGAAUCAGCCUGUGUAAAUACGAUAUAUAUUAUUCUUGUUCAAAGUUACAUUUUAGUUUCAUAAACUGGUAUUAGUAAGUCACCUAAAAUAUCUUAGAAUAGCCCAACCCUGGCCACAUUGCCACUCACACCCCUAAAAUUAAGAUGUCCAUUUUUUAGAUUUUAAAUAUUGGGAGGCAUGUGGAAUCGCUGGAGCCAGUUAGAACAUAGUGAUGUUACCACUGCUCUAACCAUUCAAUGUAUAUUCACAUGCCUAUAUACACGCUCACACAUACAUGCAGUCAUAUUCAUGUAUACCAGCACACACAUCAUUGCUGCUUUAAUUAUUCUCCCUCUUCUGUCCCUAUUGUUCUCACUUUUAGCCGUGAGCUGGCAUGAAUACACUAUUAUGACUAUUAUGCAUAGUGUUAGGAGGUAGUAAGCAGUUUAUGUGUGAUACAGUGGCAGAGACAGCUUUUCCAGCUUCCUCACCUUCCCAAUCUUUGUAUUCACGCAGCACACUAGGAGGUUGUGAUGUCAUAUCACUUUCUCCCAGCACUACUAGUUUUGAUGUCUAAAGCAGUACAGCGGGAAGCAUGGCCGUUAGGAGCAUGAGGCAUUAGAAUGUUAACCUACCUUACAAAUAUGUAGAAGUCAUAAAGACUCCAUAGGGUUUUAGUUAUUAAUUUAGUGCUUGGGGAUUGGGGAAAAAAAGGGGUGAGGAGCUCUGUUUACCACCCCUUCUGUUUUUAACCCAUCACUUGCCAGGAGUAAGCGAGAGGUUAAAAAUAAAAUUAGGUUAUCCGAAUUUAAUUUGCAGUUAAAUUGUGCAAAGUUCAGUUGAAGAAAAACAUGGGUUAAAUUCAGUUCAGAUUAAAAUUUUUGUAUGAAAUAUUUGUGGACCAUAGAAUGAGUCUGUUUCUCCCGACCUGUAUAUGUGUAGUGUGCUCCAGCUCCCAGAGAUGGGUGUCAGCCAGUGGAAUGAAAGUAAACAUUGAUGUAGCUUACACUAUAAUCUUCCUUCUUUGUCUCCACACUCAUUAUAGUUGUAUUAUUUAACCCGAGAGGUGGGAGUGUUGAGACAGGCAGUGUUUUUUCUAUAUUGUGAAACUGUAAUUCUGUAAUUAAAGUGACCUUUAAAGGAAGGGUAAAAUUAGCAAAUAAAAUGAACAAUACAAGGUGAUGAUUUGCUAUAUGUACAUUUUUGUGUAAGUUUAUCCAGCUUUUUUUUGUAAGUAGAGCUGUUGUUCCUGCUGGAUGUGCUGUCGUUUUGUCACAAGUUCAUAAACUGAGCUUUAUAAAUCAGGAUACUGGUCAUAUGUGUUCAGCCCUCACAGUAUGUUGAUCACCCAGUGGCUGGGUCCAGCAGUGAGUUCGGCAGGUAUCUACAUGCCAAUAACAUGUAUGCAAGACAGUGCCUUGUAUGCGUCUACAAAAUUACUUGAAUAUGUUUUUUGAUGCAAAGUGUGGAGCCAGGGCUCUUGCACACAAAUCUUAGUUAGAACACACUCUGAGAAGGGCUUCUAAGAACUUUGGUCAUCAAGUGGUACACUUGGUAUAUUCCAUAUACUCAUCAUCCCCCUAUAUAUGCUGUAUUAUCUAUUUGCCAAUUAAAAUUUCUCAUAUUUUAUAUUUUAUGCUUAUAUUUUCUUUUAUUAUUCUCGCUCUCUCUGCUGCCUUUGAUACUAUCAAUAACGCUCUUCUUUUUUAAACCCUUAACAAUCUUGGACUCCAUGACACUGUACCUUCCUGGCAUACAUAGCCCCCAGAGGUGUCUUCAGUCCCAGUAAAGAGGAGCCUUUUUUGCACACUCUAGAAUCUGACUAAAGUUAAAAGGUUGCUGAGAUGGUAAUUAAAUAAAGAGCAUCUGCCACUCUGUUUUCUCCUGGGAGUGGUCCCAUGAAUCUAUAUGACUGGUUGGGACAAGCUUUCCCCAAGGCAAUUGUCCCCUUGUUUUUAUGGAAAUAUUGUUAAACUGUUGGAAUUACUGACAGGAUUUAAGGUUCUUCUUUUUCCCGAUUCAGUCAGACAACAUGACCAUGGAUCCCCACCAGAACUAUCAGGGAGAAACAGUGAAUCAAAAAAUUACAAGGACCAUAGAACAUCUGAUAAAUUAUUCUACAAACUCCUUGCUUAUAUUACAAUUGUGUGCCUCCCACACAGAAGUAGAUUUCAUCAGCAGGACUUAAAGCCUAAUAAAAUUUAUAUUAUUGUAAUCUGCAUUCAAGAAAAAUGUGAGCAGACCAGGUUUACUGGAUGACAUUUCUGAUGGCAUCUACUUUGAUCACAUGGAGGGAUUCAUGUCUUGCAAUCGAUACUCAUAAAUGGUAGGACUUAAUGCCCUUUCCGGUGAAUGGAUGUGCAGGUGGGGAUAUAUCUUUCUACAAUUUGUAAUGAUUUUCAGGAUGCUCAGAAGGAUUCAGAAAGAAAACAAAUAGAUUUUUGCAGUAAUUCCCUUUUGGUCUCACAGGUCAUGGUUUCCUCUCCUGUUGAGACUUCUCCUGGAGUUUUCAAAACUGCAAUCUCAUGGUUGAUCCAUUCCCUCAACAGUUGCAUUUGAGAUUAUGGAAGUUGAAAUGAUGCAUCUCAGGAACUAGUGUUUUUCAAAUUUAGCAACCAAUGUCCUCCUACAGGCUGGAAACUAAUCAGUUUCUGUGGUCUACUAUCACAUCUCAAACAGCUUCUUCCUGUAGUCUGGUUACCAACAUAUUAAUAUUUUUCUCAGGUGACAUCUGGCAAUAAUUCAUGCCUCAAUGCCAUUAAGGUACAUAUCUCAGCAUGAUUGCCCUAACAGGGAAUAGAUGGCCUAUGAAUAUUGGCAUCAGGAGGUUUGUGUCAUUGGUUGUGCAACUAAGGCAUUGAUUGAAGCCCAAGAGACCUCAGUGAGAUCUCACAAAUCCUCUCAGCUUUGGCAAGCUAUCCAUUUGAACCUCUGCAUGAAGUGUCAGAAAUGUUUCUUACUUUCAAAAACUAUCUUUCAGUUGCCUUGACUUCUGUUAGACAAUUUUGGAAUUUUGAGUCAAAUUCACAAGAAUUCCUGCAUUACCAUGAAGAUCGUAAUAUUGAGAACUUUACCUUUUAUCAAAACUAUUGUUCUAGCAACUUUACAUGUAAGUCAAACAUGUUUCAGCCUCCAUUUCUAUCGGUAGGCCCUCAUGAAGAUGAGAAUGUUUUAGAGCUGGAAAUAGAGAUAUUCUUCAUCAGUAUUUGUCAUGGAAAACAGAUUGAUGAUGAAGCUGAAUAAUGUUGGCUAUCUCCAGAGCCCACUGGGCAAAAUAAAUUCAUUUCCCUACAGGAUUGCAGGCUCAUUGAACAAGGGGAAUUUAUUCUUCUUGGGCAGCUGCUGCAAAUAUAUUUUCUGAUCAUAUUUGUGGGAAAACAACAUGCCCAUUCAUUUCUGCAUUUAUUUGGCACUACAAACGAGACAUUCAAUCCUCUAAGAAUUCAGAGUUUGGAAAAGUGUUUUUCUCCACCUCCUAUAUCUGUUUGCUUUAAUAAAUUAUCUAUUUGCAGUGUUUAGUGUUGACUUUUAAUUUCCUUAUUUUUGGAUGUGCUUGGGUAUUACCUGUGUAUAGUGCUGAAAUGGAUAUAUAUGGGAAAAAAUUCAUACUUAAUGUUAUGUGAAAUUAUCCACAAAUAUCAGUGUAAAUAGUUUACAACUGAGGUGUGACUCUUAUAAUAUAGAGGAAAAAUAAUUCAUACUUACUGAUAAUUUAUUUUCCCUCACAAACGCCAAAUAUACUUACCAAAUAUUCUUAUUUUAGAGACCUAGUGCCUCUAUCGGUCUCAAAUAUUCCUACCAUGGUGUGUGUGUUAUUCAGUAUAUCACAAUCUCUGAAUUUUGUAGGGUUAUUCACUAGACACUAGAUUUUGUAUGUCUUCUUAUAUUUCCUAAAGCCAAGUCCCUUCAGCUGAUCCUGAUGAGCGUUCCAUUCGGGAUGUAUUUAACCAAAUACAGGGACUGUUUCUUCUAAAGUGGGACAAUAGGGAGGUAUCGGUAUGUGCCUUGCUUUCUUUGUCUUUUAAAUUAGGAAAAAAAAACACACACAAGAACAUACUAAAGCAUGUAAUCAGGAUACAGUAUAGUGUGUACAGGAGGUAGUUGGGUUUAAAUCCCCAGCAGGGUUUAAAUAUACUGUGUGAACCUCCAUUCCAAUGUCUUAGUCUGUGGGUGGUGAUGAUGUAACCUGUAGUCCAAUCUGCUUUGGUUGUUUUCUUCAGGAAGGCCGAUAUAUUUGUUGCAUCCCUGUGGAGUAUAACGUGUGAAUACAGGUUGAUUGAUUCUGAAAGUGAGCGCUUCUCACAGUAUGGCUCAUCGUUUAAUACUCUAUUCACACAGAGAGCAUAUUGGGUGACUGUAACACUCCUUUAAUAAAAGGUGCUUAAGAAAAUAAGAAUUUCACAAUACAGUUAUUGAAGUCAUGCAACAUCAAUUUACAAAUAGUAAAAUAUGCUGUCUUAUUAUGGUAUCCUAUUAAACUUUGGGUCCUGAUUGUAUUUAUACAAAAAAUGACAAACUACACAUAAUCUCAUGUGUUUUGAGUGAAUACAAUUAUUUUCCUACUUAUUGUAGUACUAGUUGUGAAUUAUGUGCGGUAGCAAGAAUAGUUUGCAGAAUUAUUUUUAUUUGCAACACUUAAUUUUUUUCUUUCCGUAAGAGAUAUAGACAGUUAUAUAUAAUACGGCUUGUGAAGCAAGACUCAUACACCAGCAUUCUUUAAUGGAGAUUGUGACUUUAAAUAAUAAUUAAAAAAAAUUAAUAAUAAUAAUCUGGGAAUAUGUCUCAUAUGGACAGUUGCCAAUUGCCUUGAUUUUGCCAGCACAAUCCUGUGUUGUGGACUCCUGUCCCAGGACAUGUCUUGCAUUUAAAACUUUCUAAGGAAGUUAAUUUUGCAAUCUGUGCUAUUACUACAAUUUCUUUACCAAACACAUCCUUUAACAAAAAAACAAAAAAAAAAUGGGUUUUCACAAUGUUAGUGCUCUGCAAACACUUAAAAUGAAAAAGGGUAAUCAAAAGCAUGCAAGAGAAGUUGCAGCAAUAAUUCUAUCAUUCUUAUUUUGUUAUAAGCAUGCGUGUGAUUGACGUUGGUAUUUCAUGGUUGAGCAAUAUAUUUAGCCAUAACCGUUUGCCAAUGUGUGCU